AUGACAUCCUAUUUGAGCAUGGUCAAAGAGCUGCAGGCUAAAUUCGAAGAGUUCUCAAUCGUACAGAUCCCCAGAGCUGAGAACUACCAUGUCGACGCCCUCGCCAACCUUGGCUCGGCACUCCCAUGUUCUUCCCAGUCAUCCAUUCCCCUCUUAUUCAUGCAGUGGCCAACCAACUGGAAGGAACCACCACCGAACAAGUCUCCCGUAGAAGCCAUGGGCGUUGAACAAGCCGACUACUGGAUGACCCCGAUAAUAAGAUACCUGGAAGACGAUGAGCUCCCGACUGACAAGAAUGAAGCACGCCGACUGAAAGCAAGAGCAGCCAGAUUCACCAUACAUGAGGGCUAA